CAGUCCUUCAGGCACCGCCGAGGCCACCCCAGGCUCCGCGCGGGUCCUGGCGGGGGGCGGGCCCACGCCAGCCCGGAAGAGACGUAGCACCGCGCAUGCUCUUUCCUUUCCAGCCCCGGCCCCGAACCCUGUAGCCGCUGAGAUGUUGAUGCCUAAGAAGAACCGGAUUGCCAUUUAUGAACUCCUUUUUAAGGAGGGAGUCAUGGUGGCCAAGAAGGAUGUCCACAUGCCUAAGCACCCGGAGCUGGCAGACAAGAAUGUGCCCAACCUUCAUGUCAUGAAGGCCAUGCAGUCUCUCAAGUCCCGAGGCUACGUGAAGGAACAGUUUGCCUGGAGACAUUUCUACUGGUACCUUACCAAUGAGGGUAUCCAAUAUCUCCGCGAUUACCUUCAUCUGCCCCCGGAGAUUGUGCCUGCCACCCUACGCCGUAGCCGUCCAGAGACUGGCAGGCCUCGGCCUAAAGGUCUGGAGGGUGAGCGACCUGCGAGACUCACAAGAGGGGAAGCUGACAGAGAUACCUACAGACGGAGUGCUGUGCCACCUGGUGCUGACAAGAAAGCCGAGGCUGGGGCUGGGUCAGCAACCGAAUUCCAGUUUGUGAGUAUCUUCCUAUUUGUUUUCCAUGAGCCAUCACUUGUUCUGGCCUCAGUCUGGUUGCUCUGCAAGUUGUGGGGAUGUCAUAUAGUAUGGGUGGGUCCUGUCAACCUGUUCCCUCCUCCCACUUUUUUCCAAUUCCAAAUUUUACAUUGAGUUGUAGCAUGUAAACUUUUGUAAAUACAUAAAUUACUGAAAUGAGUCUCAGAAAUCAGUACAUGUGGCCUACUAGUGUUUUCUGUUUCAUUAAUGCUUGACAUUGAGCUAAACACUGGAAGGUGGGUGGGCUUAAGAACCAAGAUGGUAUGAAAUCAAAUCCUCCAUCUUUUUUCAGUUGAUGUAAUGUUAGGUAGGUUCCCCUCUGCCUCAGUUUCCCCAUCUAUAAAAUAGAGGUGAUAAUUACAGCUACCAAGGUAGUUGUGAGAUUAGUUAAUCCAGGCAUAGUACUGGCAUAUCACUUUUGUCCUAUGGCAGGUCCUCAUAGCACAUGAUUGCGCUCAGAUAAUGUCAUUUAUAAAAAGGAAGCAUGUACAGUAGAAACGGUCCAAUCCUGGGCUGAAUGCUUUCAUAUAGGAGUAUGUAUGAACACACUCUGGGUGAGUGGCCAUACUCCCACUUUACCAAUGAAGAAAUGGGCCUAAAUGUUAGAUAUGGCCCCACAUCCAGUAAGGGGCAGUGCUGGGAUUUAUAGCCUGUACUCAGCUCUCUCCCAGCUGUUUACAUUUGGGGGCCUCUGGAGUUAUAAUGAGGCCUGAAAGUUAGCAAAACCUCGAAAGAUCAAACCUGAGUGCUGCUCAUGCUAAUGUGAUGUGCUUUCUCUUACAGAGAGGCGGAUUUGGUCGUGGACGUGGUCAGCCACCUCAGUAAAGUUGGAGAGGAUUCUUUUGCAUUGAAUAAACUUACAGCCAAAAAACCUUAA